AUGUUUUAUGCCACGCCAAGAUUUGCUGCCUCGACGCCGAGGCCGUCUUCAACUCAGGCGAGGGCGGGUUUCACAACGCCAGCAUUGGCCAUUAAGCCCAGAGCGCCGAGGACUCGCUCAACCCAGGAUAUCAUUGACGACAGCUCGCCAAUUUCACCCAAUGGAGGGUCACCAUCCGCAUCGCCUAACACGCGCACUACGGUUCCGGAGCCUAUUGAACCCGACUCCUCCCUAGUGCCCCAAUCAUCGCAUCCUGAACCGUUAGAACGAGGACGCUCGCCAAAGCGCAGGCGCAUAUCGAUCGCUUCUUCUGAUUCCGAGACAGGCUCAGCACCCAGCUCGCAGGGGUCAGAGCGGACCGAUGUCGAAUUUCUCCCAGACGCUCCGAACCAGCACAUUCUCUCUAACAGCUCCGACACCGACGACGAUGAGGUGAACCAACGGGGCAGGGAAGCUAGUAUCUUACCCUCCCAGUCUGCCGCCUUCUCCCCAAGAUGUCCACAGUCUCCAGAUAUCAAAUCAGAAGGCGAAUUCGGGUCCGUGGACUCCGACAGCGAAAAAGCUGAUUCAGAAAACAAUCAAGCGACUCCGAGGCCAACCAGGGCCAAACCGGCUUUCCGCGCGGCGCCACGCUUCAAAGUCACCGAGCCAUCCGACCAGCUGUACUCUCAGCCUGAUAUCUACCUAACAGACCCCUUCUCUCCGCAGCGUCGCGGAGCCAGGUACCUCCCCGGCGGCCUGGCUGCGGAGCUGCGUGACUGGCUGGUGGAUGUGAAAGGGGGGGUGGACGGGGCGGGAGAAGUGAAAACCAGUUCGGCCGCUCUGAGUUUCAGCUCCGCUACUACCACGGCGAGCGUGGUCGUGGACGAGGCUUCCCUCAGCGGCCCGGGGAUUACGCUGAUAUCUGGUCGACUAGUGGAUGCCCCUGCCGGUGGUAGACAGGACGCCGAAGUGAGGUUGAUUUUGGCUGGGGAGGGAAACAUCGAGGGUCUGGGCGGUGGCCGAGGGGGUGGGAAUCGGGGCUCGGUUGCUCCUGGUGCGGUGAUUUCUAUUGCACCACCUGCGUGGGACGUGGAACUGGACAGCCGGUGGGCAGUUGCUUACCGGUGGGAGGCGGUGAAACGGCCUGGCGGCGACGUCGGAUGA